GACAGCAGUACAAGACACCGCAACUUGAACCUCAGUGUCUGUCCCUUUCGCUCUAUCUCUUAGCCGUUUCCACGCAUAAAUUUCAUCUUCUUUUCUAUUCCAGCUGCGCCUAACCAGACUAGUAUUUAUAUAUAUCGGCCACUCUUAUUCAUCUUUAUACCAUCAAAAUUUUCACAUCAUCACUUGAUAUAUAUCUCUUGAAAAGAUGAGGAGGAACUGCAACUUAGAACUCUGCCUUUUUCCUCAAUAUGUAUCUGAUAACAAUCACAAUCACAACAAUCACAUGGUUGAAGAAGAAAGAGAUAGUGAUCAAAGUUCAAUCCAAAAUCAGCAACUGCCACUGACUAUUUUCUACGAUGGCAAGAUGUGUGUUACUGAUGUCACUGAGUUUCAGGCCAAAUCAAUCUUAAUGAUGGCAAAUAAAAAAAUGCAAGAAACUGUAAUGACACCAUCAGGGUCAGAGGCAUCAACACCAACAAUUAUACAAUCUCCACAUCAAUUGUAUAGCCCUGGACCUGCUCCUGCUCUUUCAAUGAGACAUUCUUUGCAGCGGUUUCUACAAAAGAGAAAAAAUAGAGUUCAACAAGCUUCUCCAUACAAUCAUUAGCAGAUUGAAAAAACGGAUCUUUGCAAUUGUUUCUUUAGAAAAAGGAUUUCAGAUCCAUUCUGAUUAUGUUUUUUCAAUUUGUGGUAUUGUGAGCGGAAAAAGUUCAAAGCAGGAAAUGUAUUCUACCACUAAGGUUAGGUAAAUUGUUGUCUCAAAUGUAACCAAAGAGAAUAGUUAGAUUAAAAAGUUCAUUAUUUAA